AGUCAGUCUCAGGCUGUCCGGCCAGGGUGAUUGGUGGUGAAGAUUGAAGCUCCGUCCCAACGAGGCCAAGGCGGUGGUGGCCUGAGAUUCAGGGGCCCCCCCCUCCGGCCCCUCCCUCCCAGCCCACCCGUCACCUCGCAGCCCCCGAGCUGGACCGCACACCUUGGGACUCUGUUUUCCACUUCCUCAGGACAAGCCCCAGGCUGGAGGAAAGGCCUGAGGAGGUGGGCGUCGGGCUCUUUGCGAGGACCCCCGCAGCUGGCCCCGGGGAGGCGGCGGCCGGGGGUGACAUGGCGGAGGAGCAGGACCUGUCCGAGGUGGAGCUGAGCCCCGUGGGCUCCGAGGAGCCCCGCUGCCUGUCCCCGGGGGGCGGCGGCGCGCCCUCGCUGGGCCCCGACGGCGGCGGCGGCGGCGGCGGCGGCGGCGGCUCGGGCCUGAGAGCCAGCCCGGGCCCCGGGGAGCUGGGCAAGGUCAAGAAGGAGCAGCAGGACGGCGGGGGCGGCGGCGAGGCGGACGAUGACAAGUUCCCGGUGUGCAUCCGCGAGGCGGUCAGCCAGGUGCUCAGCGGCUACGACUGGACGCUGGUGCCCAUGCCCGUGCGCGUCAACGGCGCCAGCAAGAGCAAGCCGCACGUGAAGCGGCCCAUGAACGCCUUCAUGGUGUGGGCGCAGGCGGCGCGCAGGAAGCUGGCCGACCAGUACCCGCACCUGCACAACGCCGAGCUCAGCAAGACGCUGGGCAAGCUCUGGAGGCUGCUGAAUGAGAGCGACAAGCGCCCCUUCAUCGAGGAAGCUGAGCGGCUCCGGAUGCAGCACAAGAAAGACCAUCCGGACUACAAGUACCAGCCCCGGCGGCGGAAGAACGGAAAGGCGGCCCAGGGGGAGGCAGAGUGCCCAGGUGGGGAAGCUGAGCAAGGGGGGGCCGCUGCCAUCCAGGCCCACUACAAGAGUGCCCAUCUGGACCACCGGCACCCAGAAGAGGGCUCCCCCUUGUCAGAUGGGAACCCAGAGCACACUUCAGGCCAGAGCCAUGGCCCGCCCACCCCUCCAACCACCCCAAAGACAGAGCUGCAGUCGGGCAAGGCAGACCCCAAGAGGGAUGGGCGCUCCCUGGGGGAGGGCGGGAAGCCUCACAUCGACUUCGGCAACGUGGACAUCGGUGAGAUCAGCCACGAGGUAAUGUCCAACAUGGAGACCUUUGACGUGGCUGAGUUGGACCAAUACCUGCCACCCAACGGGCACCCGAGCCAUGUGGGUAGCUACUCGGCAGCUGGCUAUGGGUUGGGCAGCGCCCUGGCCGUGGCCAGUGGACACUCGGCCUGGAUCUCAAAGCCACCAGGUGUGGCUCUGCCCACGGUCUCACCCCCUGGUGUGGAUGCCAAAGCCCAGGUGAAGACAGAGACCACUGGCCCCCAGGGGCCCCCACACUACACCGACCAGCCGUCCACCUCACAGAUCGCCUACACCUCCCUCAGUCUGCCCCACUAUGGCUCUGCCUUCCCCUCCAUCUCCCGCCCCCAGUUUGACUACUCUGACCAUCAACCCUCAGGACCCUAUUACGGCCAUUCAGGCCAGGCCUCUGGCCUCUACUCGGCCUUCUCCUACAUGGGGCCUUCUCAGCGGCCCCUCUACACAGCCAUCUCUGACCCCAGCCCCUCAGGGCCCCAGUCCCACAGCCCCACACACUGGGAGCAGCCAGUAUAUACGACACUGUCCCGGCCUUAAAGGGGCCCUGUCACCACUAGCCCCGUCCCAGCCCUCGAGGUCCCUCCCCGUAGCCUGGAUGCCCUGCUCCUCACCCAUCCCAGACCCGGCGGUAGCGGUGGAGGAGGCUGCAGAGGCUGACCGCGGAGGGACUCCUCCCUGCCGGCCCCUCCCCUGAUGACCCUCGGCCUCAUCCCAGCCUGGCUGGCAGCUAGGCAGAGGAAAGGGUCCCCCAGAAAGGACCCUCCACCUAGGACCCGGGAAGAACCACUUCCACAGGUCUCCAGGAUUGCAUGGGCCUCGUAGGCCUGUUUCCUCUCAUGGAAAGAGGUCCCUGUGACACCACACCUGAGAGCCAAGGGACCUGAAUCAGAGCCUGGAGCUGGCCUGGCCUGCCACUCCGGGGCUGAGGACAACUCUGAACAGCCUUGUGGAGAGCAGGGGGGCUCAGUGGGGGCUUUUGUACCUUGAAUGACUGACCUCUACUGAACACAGGGAGGAACUGACCCAGAGGCCCCGGGACACAGGCCUCUAUGGCAACAACCCCAUCCUUUGUCAAACGGGGAGCCCCUAGUUGUCCUCCAUCACAACCUCCCAGACUUUUGAGCCCCAAGCCAGGCGGAAGGAGGCAGGGACUGCAGGAAAAGGGUUCAGAGACAAUUCACAGAGCCUUCCUCCCCGGGCUCCUAGCCAGCUCCCCCUUCCCCUCAUUGGACACUGUCAGCACCUCCCUGGACUCCAAGAGUCAGUACUGCGCAGACCCAAGCCCUCGGCUCCAGGUUGGAGACACAGGGCCCAGAACCCAUGCUGGUAGCAGGCUGGAUAGGAAAGUCCUGCUGUGUACAUUCUGCCCUUGCCUUUUUCCCCUUGCCUCUCCGUGGUAUCUGAAUAAAGUACGUAGCUAUGUCGCCCCUAUUCUCCUGUUCUGCCCGCUCUACAGUCCACGUGUAACGCAUUGCUGUCCCCCUUUAUUUAUCUCCGUAGUCCCCUUGCUGCCUGCUUUCCUAGCUACUAUCCAAUCCCUAUUAACUCUUCAUUAAGCAUUUCAAGUAAUAAAGGUUCCGGUUAUCUGCGUGGUGGGCCUGACCUGGCCUGUCUGUUGGUCUCUUGUCCCUGUCGCUGUGCCUCCUCAA